CCCCUCAAUCUUCUAAAUUCUAGCGAGUACAAGCCGAUUCUAUCCAGUCUUUCUUCAUAUGAAAGUCCUGACAUCCCAGGAAUCAGUCUGGUGAACCUUCUCUGUACUCCCUCUAUGGCAAGAAUGUCUUUCCUCAGAUCAGGAGACCAAAACUGUACGCAAUACUCCAGGUGUGGUCUCACCAAGACCCUGUACAACUGCAGUAGAACGUCCCUGCUCCUAUACUCAAAUCCUUUGCUAUGAAUGCUAACAUACCAUUCGCUUUCUUCACUGCCUGCUGCACCUGCAUGCCUACUUUCAAUGGCUGGUGUACCAUGACACCCAGGUCUCGUUGCACCUCCCACUUUCCUAAUCGGCCAUCAUUCAGAUAAUAGUCUACUUGGGCGUGACGUCAGGCACGGGUCAUGCCCAUUGUGCAUAUGGCUGACGUCACAGCGCUGGGCGUGGGUACUUCUUGGCACAGAACAGCUGGCUGGCGAGCAUGCGGGCGGCUCGACGCGAUGCCCGAAUGCUCGACGCCCCCAGAUGGGGUUUAGGAGCCAUUGUUGUGGACGGAGAGAAGGGGACGUGAGCGGCCAUUGAGGGUGACAGGGUGCCGGUGAGCCCCCCAUCUGCUCGGUGAGCUUUGGCGGAGGACCACAUGGCAGGGUACAACAAGGAGAAGCGUUAUGAGUGCGACGUGUGUGGCAAGGCAUGGCAGUACCCGAGCCAGCUGGAGAUCCACCGGCGGGUGCAUACGGGAGAACGCCCCUUCGACUGCUCGGAGUGCGGCAAGAACUUCACCCUCUAUGCCAACAUGAUGCGGCACUACCAAGUGCACUCCUUGACCUGCUCCGACUGUGGCAAGGACUUCAUGACGACGCAAGAGCUGAAAAUCCACCAGCAGGUGCACACGGGCAAGAAGCCCUUCAACUGCUCCGACUGCGGCAAGAGCUUCAAGACGACAAAUGAGCUGAAGAUCCACCAGCGGGUGCACACGGGCGAGAAGCCAUUUGGCUGCUCUACCUGUGGCAAAAGCUUUUCCCAGUCAUCUGGGUUGCAGGUGCACCGGCGGGUGCACAGCAGUGAGCGGCCCUUCACCUGCUCCGACUGCGGCAAAGGCUUCAAGUCGUCCACGGACCUGAAGGUGCACAGGCGCCUGCACACCGGGGAGCGGCCCUACACCUGCAGCGACUGUGGCAAGGGCUUCACCCGCACCAGCAACCUGCUGGAGCACCAGCGCACCCACACCGGCGAGCGCCCCUACACCUGCGCCCAGUGCGGCAAGGGCUUCACCCAGUCCAGUCACCUGCUGGUGCACCAGCGCACCCACACCGGCGAGCGCCCCUACAUCUGCGCCCAGUGCGGCAAGGGCUUCACCCGCUUCACCAGGCUGCUGUCCCAUCAGCUUGUGCACGCCGGCGACCAUCCCUUCCCCAGCCCGGUGUGUGGAGAGCUCUUUGCCAUGGCCUCCCACCCCCUGUCUCACUAGCACAUCAGUGGCCAGCCCUACAGCUACCCGCACUGUGGUGAGGCGUUUUACAGCUCGCAGAGGUUGCGGCAACACCGGCGGGCACAUGUCGGCUAGCGGCUGCCUCCACUGCGGCAAGCGUUUCAAGAGUGCGUGAUGGCUGCGGGAGCACCAGUGGAUAUACACCGGAGAGAGACCCUUUGUGUGCACUGUGUGUGGCAAGGGUUUCACCCGCAUGUCCAGCCGGUGGUGGCACCGGCGUACCCACAGCGUUGAAUGUCCCUUCCCCUGCCCGUCCUGUGGUAAGGGCUUCACCCGCCUUGACCACCUGCUGGAGGACCAGCGAGUCCACACCGGCCAACGCCCCUUCACCUGCCCGCUAUGUGGCAAGGUCUUGGCACGCUCCUCCAGCCCGCUGGCACAUUGCGACGUCGAUAGGCACUGUUUAGGUAGACGCAAAGUGCUGGAAGGUAUGGGUAAUGUUUCGGGUCGAGAUCCUCUUCAGUCCCGACCCAAAACGUCACCCAAUGUUUGUCUCCAGAGAUGCUGCCUGACCUGCCGACUUACUCCAACACUCUGUGCAACAUCACCUAUCCAUGUUCUCCACAGAUGCUGCC